UUGAGCUUUUUUUUGUGUCUUUGGGACAUGGCAUUGCAUUGUACCGGAGUACGCUGGCUAACAGUGUGGGUUUAGUUCAUGGCGCCGGGUACACCGACACCGGGACAGCCGCAGGGCGCGAAGCCUGCGUUGUAGAGAUGCUGCGUCUUCGAUCGUAUAUGGUGAGCUUGCAUGGAUAGCGCUUUGACGACUGGCGCCGGGAUUUCUCGCAUUUGUUUUACUAGAGGAGGUGCAAUGAUGAGGGAAACGAAGCAUGGAAUGUUAUGCUAUGCUAUGUACACCAUACAAAUCGAGGGAGCGAUCUCUCUACGAUUUCUUGUACUAUAUUCUCGACUCUUCACCAAUGCAAGGCGUCGCACUCGCAUCCCAACGGACCCUCAUGCCGUCCCCCACACUGCGUCACGCUCGCUAGUGCACUUCUUCACACCCGCACUAACAGUCGUCUAUCCCAUGAUUGUUGUACAUCAGAUUCUAAGCGCGCACGCUAUGCUACGACCAACCACCACCACCACACAUCAUAUACGUACAAAACAUGCCACCCUCCAUCUGGCGACAACACAAACACACACACACACAAUCGCGUCGUUUCCAUAUCUAUCAGAUGCGUAGCCCAUUAGAUGAUGACAAAGCGCCUUUUUUUCAGCUCGGCUCAAACGUGUUGAUGAGAUGGUGUUCUUUCGCUCAUGCAGUACCCUAACCAAUCGUUCCACCGGAUAUCAUGAGAGCGAAAACUAGACGCG